AUGCAUCCUAAAAAUGAUAUUAGUGAAAUUGGCACUUAAGUCUUUGCGCAAUAUAAAAAAAUGUAUGAAGAUAUCUGUUAAAGGUUAAAAUCAGAAAAAGUAGCUUUUUUUAAUGAACUUCAAAUAUGGAAGGGUAAAUACAACACUCUCUAAAAAACAUUUGAAUCUCUGAAUUAAUCAAAAGAAAAAUCAGAUGUAAAGAUUAAAUAAGAUUUAAAUGAUCCUAAAACUUUGAAUUAAAUACCAAAAAUAUCUGGGCAUCAAUCAUUAAACUUAUAACCAAAUGCAAAACAACAAUAUUUUUAGAUAUAAAUUCAAUAACUUAAUGAGCCUAUAGUCAAAUAAAAAAUGAUUUAAGAUUUAAAUGAUAAUAAUGAAAACCAUUCGAUUGAUAAUAAAAACCUACAAAUUGAAAAUAUAAAAUAUUCUGAUUAACUAAGUUAACUUAGACAAACAUCUCAACAUAAAAUAAGUAUUAAUAAAUGCUUCAAUAUGAAUAUAAGAUAUAGGAGUUUAGUUAAAACAUUGAUGAGAUGAAAAAGGAGAAAAAUAACUAGAGAAAUUAACUAAAGAAAACUAAGUUUUAAAUUAAACUAAUGAUGAAUUAAGAAAGAGUAUUCAAGAUUAUGAAAAGGGACAACAAUAAAAAAAGUAGUAUAAAUUGAAAUUAAGUGAAUUAGGAUUAAAAAACAGUCAGCUGUAGAAGUUAGUCAAAGAUUUAGAAAAAUAAGAAUAGCAACAAUAGGAUAUAUCUUAAUAAACUGCUAAAUAAAUAGAAGAUAAAAAAAAAGAAACGAAUCACUCUAAAUAAAGAUUUAGGAAUACUAAAUAGAACUAUCAAAUCUAAAUCAACUCUAAAUGGCUAUGAUGAAUAAUAAAAUAUUAAGAGAAUGA